UUUGUUUCCCCUGAAAAACUCCCACCCCUGCCUCCUAGUCCCAAAGAAAAGUUGUACCAUCAACAAUAACCUCUGGUCCCAAAUAUUAGAGUUUGCUAAAUGAUGUCAUUAUUUGUUAUUCAUUAUUUUUAGGUCCUUUAAAUGCUUCCCUUUAAUGGAAAUUUCAAAUAAGGGAGUGCUAGAUAGAUUUUGCACAUAUAAUUGCUGGUAUAAUUUUAGCUAUUUUCACUUUUUAAUUCAUUUGUCAAUGAUAUUUGUAUAGACAUGAUUCUUCUUUUUUUGUCCUUUCCAUGGCUGGUACCGUAUCAUUCAAUGUGAUUUUGAUUUUAGCUCAGGUGACUUAGUUUGACAUCAACAAGUAUGUUCCCAGAAAUGCUUUCCAUUUUUUGUAAUUUUUUUUUAAACAAUUGGAUUUGAACUCUAGCAUCUGGUCCAUAGUGGCUAAAACUAUCCAUUCGGUCCAGGCUUUAAAAUAUCUAAGGGAAACGAUCCAGGGUUACAGAGUACUAUAAGAAGCAAAAAGAGCUCUUUGAAGGGUUCAGCGAAAUGGAGGCCAUGACUGAAACAGGUGGUUGUCCUGGAAGUCUCACAGAGAAUGAAAUGAAGCAGCUUGCUCGGAGUGAGAGGAUGGCAAUUCAUGCAUCAAAUAUAGCUAAUUUGGUGCUUUUUGGAACAAAGGUUUUUGCUUCUAUUGAGAGCAGAUCAUUGGCAGUUAUUGCAUCUACCUUGGAUUCCCUCUUGGAUCUCUUGUCAGGGUUUAUUUUGUGGUUCACCACAUAUUCCAUGAGAAACCCAAACCAGUAUCACUAUCCAAUUGGAAAAAGACGGAUGCAGCCAGUGGGUAUCAUUGUUUUUGCAUCGGUAAUGGCAACUCUUGGAUUGCAAAUCUUGCUAGAGUCUGUUCAACAAUUAUUGAGUAAGUCCCACCCUGAAAUGGAUGAAGAACAGGAGAAAUGGGUAAUUGGGAUUAUGGUUUCUGUUACAGUUGUGAAGUUUGUGCUCAUGGUUUACUGUCGAAGAUUUAAAAACAAAAUUGUUAGAGCAUAUGCACAAGAUCAUUUUUUUGAUGUUAUUACUAAUUCAAUUGGUUUAGCAGCAGCUGUUUUAGCCAACAAAUAUUACUGGUGGAUUGAUCCCACUGGAGCUAUUAUGAUAGCAUUAUAUACAAUAAAUACAUGGGCAAAGACAGUCAUUGAGAAUGUAUGUUCCCUAAUUGGAAGAACCGCACCUCCUGAUUUCUUGGCGAAGAUAACAUAUCUGAUAUGGAACCACCAUGAAGAAAUCAAGCACAUUGACACAGUUAGAGCAUACACUUUUGGUUCUCACUACUUUGUGGAGGUUGACAUAGUAUUGCCAGAAGACAUGUUUCUGAACAAAGCUCAUAAUAUUGGUGAGACACUCCAAGAGAAGCUUGAGCUACUCCCUGAAGUUGAACGAGCUUUUGUACAUAUAGAUUUUGAGUUUACACACAGGCCUGAACACAAGGCCAAGCUAUAAUAUCACCAAAUUCCCUAGGAUGAUAACAAGUUGUCAUAAGCUAAGAGUUCAGUCUUCAUUUUUUGAAAAGACUUUUAAGAACUAACAAUCUUCAAGUUGUUGAAUCUCCUAUGUAAAUCUCCUACCUACAUUAUUAUUUUGGCUGUGCCUUGCAAGUGAAACAAUUCUAGCACUGUGCUUGAGUUUCUCCAUGCAUUAAUCAGGGUUCUGGUUUCACUGUACUACAAAUUAUUUGAUGAUAGCCAUCUUGAUUUUCCUUGUCAUAACAAAAUAAUCCAUUUUGUUUCUUCAGUGAUUUUAAGCAUUCUUA